CAUUGUUUCGAUCCUUUUUGCCUCUCUAUCUCGCCCCGCCGGUGGAGAGAACAGCGAGGGUUGAAAAGGAUCAGCCGUACGAGGCGAAAAAAACAUCCCAAAUUUCUCCGGGGUUUCUCCAAUUCUUCGCCGAUUGGUCUCUCCUUUUCUUUUCAGAUCUCCAUCUCUCCGUUCCUUCCGUAGUUCCUCACCUUUUAUUUCGUAUCUCAACUGCGAGGAGUCAAAGUUUUCCCCCUCUGUUCGAUUAUUUUUCUAAUUUUCGUUUCUUUUUUGCUCUCUUUCCUCUCGACGUUUGGCUGUUUGCUUCUGAUCUGCCAGAAAGGAGCCCUCUUGACGCAAUCAUCGGCCUCAAGGGGCCCUUUUUUUGGGGGGGUAUUUAGGGUUUCGUUUAUGUUUGCUUGUUUCUGGUCGUCUUGAAUCGUAGUCGUAAGUGCUUGCAUCGGAUUGUUUGAUUCAGUUCUCUGAGGAAGUUGGUUCCGGUGGGAUGACGAGUCAGGGCGUUGAGCCUGUCGUUGCUGUUGAUUCAAGAUCCACUGAGGCUGUAGAUGUAGGUCAACCUCAUGGGUCUUCAUACCCAUCUUCACAUCCUGGGCCGCAAUCUUUGCCUUCUUCAUCAGGACAGUUGACUGUUUCAAGCUCUGGCUAUCAUUAUGAUCCACAAAGACAGAUGUCUGUCUCGGGAGACACUCAAGAAGGAAUUAACACUGCAUCUCACGCAUCUACCUCAACUAAUCUAGGUGCAGAGAAUGCAGCACAAGCAUAUUCUGGUUAUGUGCCUUACUCAAGUUCUACUGUACCAUAUAACUAUACUUCAGUGGGAUACCAAAAUUCCUUUUAUGGUUAUCAUCUACAAGGCAAUGAUUCAUCUACUCAGCAAAUCGGAGGAGAUCAAAAUUCAGGUGCUGCUUAUCAGCCUCUUAGCACAUUUCAGAAUUCAGGGUCUUAUGUUGCUCCUACUAGUUAUUUAGGCACUUAUUACAAUGCUGGUGAUAAUCAGACUGGGACAGGAUAUGAAACUAACAGCUACAAUUAUCAGACAAGCUUAUGGAAUGAUGGAAAUUACCAUAGUUAUCCAUACCAUCAUUAUUCGAGCUACACAACCUCAUCCACAAGUUCGGCUCAGAGUUCUGCUACUAUAUCUGGAAAUUCUCUUUAUUAUCAGCAGCAGUAUAAUAACUGGCCUUACUAUCAAAGCCAACCUGCACCUAUUGUCAAUGGUGCAGCAGGGUUAGAGAAUACAUCUGCUACCAGUCUUCAGUCUGCUGGAUACUCGGCUGAAGGUGCUAGUAGUGGUUAUCCCUAUAUCAGUAACCAGCCACCACCACCUGGCACAACAUCAUGGAGAGAAGAUUCUAGACCCUCAGGGAUGCCUUCUUUUCAGGGAAAAGAAGCUGUUACACCAUAUCAUUUGAAUAAAAAUUGGGAAGCUGUUGCGCCAGGAAUGCAGACCCACCAUAUUAAUCAGUCCUCAUACUUCCAGCAACCCUUGAACUCGACUCCUCUCCCAAAUGAGAAACAUGCAAAUGAACAAAAGGUUCUUUAUUCACUAGCUCCCAACUUACAACAUGCUGCUUCCAAUCAGGUACCUGAGAAUUUUCAGCCGCCACUACAAACAGUCCCCUUGACAGAGACACGCCAGGUAAGUAAAAUGCAGAUUCCUACAAACCCUAGGAUUGCUCCAAAUGUGGGAGUCAGCAUGCUGAAAACCCAGAAGGAAAGCUGCAUUGUCAGUGCAGCAACAAAACCGGCUUACAUCAGUGUUUCAGUGCCCAAGCCCAGUAAUCAGUCAUCGUCAGAAGAUGAUGCUGGGGCGAUCACCAAGGGAACAUUUUCUCCGUCAUUUUGUGCUUAUGUGGAGAGGUCUUUUGCUCGUUGCAAGGAUGAUGCCCAAAGGUCUGCUAAUCAAAGCAUAUUGAAGCAGAUGAUUACCAUGGCGACUGCUGAUGGAACACUUUUUACAAAAAAUUGGGAUACUGAGCCACUUUUCUCCUUGCCAGUUGAUCAGAGCAGUCAACAAAGUUUAGUUUCUGACUCUUCCUUGCCAACACAUAAACGGAGCCCUACUAGGCGAAAAAGUCGAUGGGAACCUAUUGCAGAUGAAAAGUUGGGUGAGAAACUCACAUCUGUUGAUUCUCAUUCAGCAAUUGAUGCUAGAUGGGGGCAGGUUGAAGCUGCUGAAAAAAAGGUUGAUAGCAAAAUCUCUGAGAGCAAGUCAGUUAAUGGUUGGGGUGGGUUUAAGUAUGCUUCCUUUCAACAGCAAUCUGCUUUACAAAAAUUUGGUCAGAGGCCAAACAAGAAGCAACGAUUUUCUGACACUUCGAGUGUAACUGAGAAUGGUGAUCCUUCAAGUGAUAGUGAUAAAGAGCAGAAUCUAACCAAAUAUUAUGCCAGUGCAAUUGCACUAGCCAAUUCACCUGAGGAAAAGAGGAAACGGGAAAAUCGAUUUAAGCGUUUUGAAAAAGGACAGGGAAAUCAAGCAGAAUUGACAAAUUUUAGGCCUAAAACUGCUGGUGGUGGCAGUAUGUACACAAGAAGAGCUGGCGCUUUGCUAAAAGCCAAAAGUUAUGAAGAUGGUUGCAACAAGGCUGUUGAAGAUAUUGACUGGGAUUCUCUCACAGUCAAAGGGACUUGCCAGGAAAUUGAAAAACGUUAUCUUCGUCUUACAUCUGCACCUGAUCCUUCAACUGUAAGGCCAGAGGAAGUUUUGGAAAAAGCUCUACAGAUGGUUCAGUCAUCUCAAAAAAAUUAUCUAUACAAAUGUGAUCAACUAAAAUCCAUUCGCCAAGAUCUUACUGUGCAAAGGAUACAGAAUGUGCUUACUGUAAAGGUGUAUGAAACUCAUGCAAGAUUGGCUCUAGAAGCAGGUGAUUUGCCUGAGUUUAAUCAGUGCCAGUCACAGUUGCAAAGACUUUAUGCGGAAGGCAUCCAGGGGUGUUAUAUGGAGUUUGCUGCAUACAAUUUGCUUUCUAUUAUCUUGCACUCCAACAAUAAAAGUGACCUAUUGUCAUCCAUGACAAGGUUAUCAGCUAAAGCAAAAGAUGAUGAAGCUGUUAAGCAUUCUCUUGCAGUUCACUCUGCUGUUUCAUCAGGGAAUUUUAUUCUGUUUUUUAGAUUGUACAAGACAGCACCCAAUUUAAACACUUUUCUUAUGGAUCUCUACGUGGAGAAGAUGCGAUUUGAGGCUGUACAAUGCAUGUCCAAAUCAUAUCGCCCAGUCAUCCCUGUUGCUUAUAUUACUUGCGCCUUGGGCUUCUCAAAAGCUAUACAAAUGGAUGACAGUCAGGAUACAAGCAUAGAUGGAGUUGAAGAAUGUGAGGAAUGGUUAAGGGCACAUGGUGCUGUUCUCACUGUUGAUAACAAUGGAGAGUUGCAGCUGGAUGCAAAGGCUUCCUCCACCACACUCUACAUGCCAGAACAAGAAGAUGCUGUUGCUCACGGAGAUGCAAGUCUUGCGGUCGAUGAUUUUCUUACUCGGACAUCAUGAUCAUGGCAUCUUUGUUGUAUACUACCUUGUGUACAACGGAACAGAAGAAAUUUAUAAUCAGUUUUGCUCAUCUGAGGGAGCUACGGAGGCUAAUAAACCAGUCGACGAAAUGUACCCUACUCGUGAAACAGGUAAUGAAGAUGCAGAUGGGUGAGUCAUUUUAAGUACAAUGUGUUUGCCUGCUUUUAAGUGGCAUCCCAAGUGAAACAGCUUGGUUGAAUCUUUUUGAGUAUAGUUUUCAGAUUCCUUUUGUGUAGAGCAAACUCUUAUUAAGACCGACGACCAAGUUCAGCUUCCCGUACAGUGUAAGCCAUUAUGCAAGCUACCUAAGGAGAUGAGGACUUUUAAUAAUGGCAUAUACUGUGUGUUCGAUAUAGAACAUGAUGUCAAUGCCAUUAUAUUCUCAAUCAUGUAAAGGAUCAGGCCAAUGCAUUUUGGUCUCAAGCUAAUACAAUGAUGUUUUGAUUGGAUUCGUAGGAUA